GUUCACCGCACAGCCCCUCGUAUUGGGCUCUACCAUCGUGAGCCACAAUGAGCAAGACCGUGAACCACUGUCAAUCGAAAUUGGAUCGUCAAACCAUGGUGAACCGUCAAGCUCGAUGACGAGCAGAAACCAAUAGUCAACAAACCAUAGCAUAUUGGAAUAGGCAGGGAAAUUGAAUUUUGAGCAUUGUGCAAAUUUUGUAUCUUUUCUAUUUAAUAUUAUAAGUCUAUAAGGUGAAUUAUAUUACAAUUGAACUACAUGAAACACGGUUAAAACAUACAUAAAUAUUGCAGGCUAAAUUCGAAGAUAAAUACGUUGUUGUGUGUAGUGUAAGGUGAAGUACGUGAGGAGACCGAAUUCUUAAGCUGAUCACACCUAAUUUGGGCUUAUUGGUCAUCGCUGGAGAACUCCUAUCACACCUACCACAACAUUCUUAAGAAUUCGCCCGACCCAGGAUGAGUUCGCAGUCGAAUGUACGGCAAACCCGGUCGCAGACGAGGGCUCAGCAGGCGAAUGCUAACCUCCACCCGGGUGACAACGGCAACGCACCGACUAAUUCGUCGGAGGAUUCCUUCAUCCCAUCGAUGAUCGACAAAGACGGAGGUGAGUUGCGCGAUUGUGCUGGUUGCGAUCGACCAAAUAAUUCCGAGCGGUACAUGGUACAGUGUCGUAACUGUAACCAUUGGUACCACUUUACCUGUGCCGAUGUUGAUACGGCCACGGUACGCUCGUCUAGUUUCGUGUGUGUAGUGUGCAUGCCUGGCGGAGCUUCUGAGGUUCGGGAAGCGGCACCGAGUCAACUUAGCGGUAUUUCGAGCACGUCCAGCGCUCGUAGAGCGAAAGUAGACCGCGAACUACUGCGUCUGGAAGAGGAGCAGAGGUUGCUGGAGGAAUUGAACCGGGAGCGAGUUGAAAAGGAGCGCGCUUUAAACGAACGUGAACUUCUGGAGCGGCUUGAGCGUGGCAGGCAGUUCAUUGCUCGCAAGCAUGAAUUGCUCAGUCGGAAGGACGACGAGGAAGGACGAAGCGUACGUAGUAUGCGGAGCAGUCGGAGCAGUGCCAAACGAACGGAGGACUGGGUGAGGCAGUCAAGGACGACCGAGAUUUCCGGUGGGGUUGUUGGUGAACAGACACCCGCGUCUAUAUCUGCAAACACUGACCAUCUUGUUGGAGAUGCACUUUCGAUUGAACCGCAGGGAGUACACUCUUCAUCGACGCCGAUAAAGACUGCGGUAUCGGCAGUGGUACCCUGUGACGACGACAGAGCAGGAACGGGAUCGGAGGCGAAAUCUGUCCCGCAGACCGUGGAGAGCGUGACGAUUGGAGAGGAGUCUGAGGAUUCCCUUGACGUUGCCGCUGGAGGUGUCACAGGUGAAGAAAAGCGUGGAUCCCGACCGACCAGUCUACCGAGUCUACCAUAUGUCAAUCUUCAACCGUAUGCAGAUCUUCUCAAGGUUGAAGAAGUAGAUCCGAAUUCCGAGUUGGUUUCGAAUGCUGGAGUGGUGCCUAAAAUCAAUCGCUUCGGCGCACAUUGCUACAAGCGUUGGAGCGUUGAAACCGGAGAGCUCCGGAAGCAGAAUGCUCUGCAGUUGCAGAGACAGACAGAAGCGGAACAGCGGGUCAUCCAGGAUUUGAUGGACAAGCACCAGUUCGAUAUUGACUCACGGCGGAAACGGGAAGUACAAUUAGUAAACCGCAUCAAAAAUCUUCAGCUGCAAUACUCCGAAGAGCUGAAACUGCUGCGAGAAGCGGAAGACAACUUGCGGAGCCAGCUCGAGCAUAGAAAGCGAUCACAAACAAGCUUGGAGACGCAGAUCAAGGAUAGGGAGAAGUCUUUCGCCGAAGAGAAAGAGCGGAUGCGCACUUCGGAAGCAGAUUUACGCAAACUGCUCGACCAACGUAAUAGGGAAUGCGAAGCACUUCGGCUACAAGUGGCAGAACUAGAGAGUGAAGUCCAGUGUCUGCGAGAGACACAACAACAGAUGCAGUGGCAAAUGGACGAAAGCCGCCGUCGCGAAAACGAAGCUGUUCGUCUACGUAGAGAAGCGGAAAAGGAGUACUGGAGUUUACACGACGAGGUACAGCAAGUCAUCAACCGCAAUGAAGAUCAGUCAGUUGGUGAAAGUUCGUCUCCUCCUUUGCCGCCUCCCCCUAUCUCAUGGUUUGACCCCGUGAAUGGGCCGAACACAGGCAGCAGUUUGGAUACGUCCCUUCUUCCACCUCCUCCUCCAAUGUUGUUGGAUAAUGCUCUGUCAAAUGACCGACCAGAAAUUCCACCACAAUCCGGGCGACUUGAUAGUGGUAGAAUCGACAUGCCUGUCCCAUUUCCACCCACUUCGAAUGUGUUCCCUGCAGUACCAAGAGCCCAUUCCCAAGCGUCUUUCCAAGGUUUAGUGCCGGCCUACACAGGUGGUUAUUUGGGACCAUCACCUCAACAACUGGCUGCGAGGCAGGUUGUAACCAAAGAGCUACCGAUUUUCUCCGGGGACCCGAUUGAUUGGCCGCUGUUCAUAAGCAGCUUUCAGCAUUCAACGGAGGCGUGUGGGUACACUAACUCCGAGAAUCUUCUGCGACUACAGCGUAGUUUGAGAGGUAGUGCGAAGGACUCCGUCAGUAGCUUUCUACUCCACCCAUCGACAGUACCCCAAGUCGUGUCCACACUGCAGCAGUUGUACGGCCGCCCGGAGCAGAUAGUAAACAACAUGAUCGCCAAAGUUCGGGCAACACCUCCUCCGAAACCUGAUCGGCUAGAGACUCUCGUGAGCUUUGGACUGGUGGUUCAAAACCUUUGUGGGCAUCUGAAGGCAGUAGGGCUUGAGCGACACCUUGCAAACCCGAUCCUACUCCAAGAGCUGGUCGACAAGUUACCAGCGACGGUGAAAUUUAGCUGGGCGCUCUACCAGGAACAAGUUCCAAUAGUAGACCUAAAUGUAUUCAGCGAUUACAUGGCGAAAAUAUCAUCAGCGGCAAGUGGCGUUACUCAACUAGCUAACAUCCCACAGAAAACAGCGAAGGACGAGCGAUGCCGGCAGAAAGAGAGAACGUUUGUGAACGCGCACGUAUCCACAGAUCAACCGAAGUCGAAUCGUCGUGACGAAACCGAGAGAAGUGUCAUGAACGUGGGAAAGCAGAAGGAAAAGGAGGCCAGCAACAGCAGUAAAACGUGCUCGAUGUGUAACGUCGAUAACCACCAAAUAGAGACGUGUGCAUCCUUUAAAGGAUUGGAUCUAGAUGGUAGGUGGAAAGCGGUAAAACUGAAUAAACUGUGUGCCCGUUGCCUCACAUCUCACGCACGUUGGCCGUGUAGGGGAGAAGUUUGCGGAAUCAAUAACUGUCCCAAACGCCAUCAUCGUUUACUCCACUUCGAGCCACCGCCGGCGACUAAGUCCAAUGCAGUCGUUACGGUUCACCGUCAGCUGUCAUCGUCAACGCUAUUCCGAAUCCUCCCUGUUUGGGAAAAAAGGUCAUGUCGACACUUACGCUUUCCUUGA